AUCUGGUCCCAGCUUCAGCACGAAAACAUUAUUCCGUUGCUUGGAAUAACAACCAAGUUCGACCGUACGGUAUCAAUGGUGACAGAGUGGAUGGAACGAGGCAAUGCACAUCAAUACGUGCAAGACAUCGCCGUGGAUCCCCAUCCAUUGCUCUUGGAUAUCGCCUGCGGAAUGAAUUAUCUGCAUAGUCAUGGGAUAGCCCAUGGCGAUUUGAAAGGGGAGAACGUGUUGAUUUCUGGAGGUGGGCGAGCUCUCAUAACCGACUUUGGGUUCUCGUGCCUGCUCAACCUGCCACCUAUCCUUGACGUCGACCCACCCCGAGGUGGCACCCUGUGGUGGAUGGCUCCAGAGAAACUAGAUACUUGCGCCAUCACCCAAGAGGCAGACAUCUGGGCGUUCGGAAUGACAACGCUGGAAUUAUUUUCGCGAAGGAAUCCCUUUCAUGAAGUAUGCACGGAAUUGCGUAUUGCAUGUUGUAUUUCGCGAGGGCCACCAAUUCGUCUGAGCAACGAAUCAACCUGCUAUCGUUUGUGCUUGGAAUGGUGGGACAUGUGCUUGGAAUGUUGGAAACAGGACCUGUCGGCAUGCCAAACGAUGAACGAUAUCGUUGCCAAGGUC